AUGGCAGGUGGCGUAGCCCCUGGAACACCAUCUGCGGCCAUGAUCAUGGAAGGGCUUGAAACCCUAGUGGCGCCAUCGCAUCACGCAUUCCUACUUACCGAAUCCGCUGCAGCGGCACAUUUUAAUGUAUUGAGUUUCGAUACAUGCCUCUUCAAGACAACCGCACAAACUAGUCCCUCGACAGCGGUCACCUCUGCAGCUACAUAUUUAACAACACCCUCAAGUUUUGGGGGUGGUCAUUUAGGCGCACAAACACUAUUGCACUAUAAUCUCUCAUCGAAUAGUAAUCAUAUUACUAGCAAUAAUACCAGUAACACUGUAUCACCGGUUGCUGCAACAGUCUCAGUAGCUGCACCUAAUAAUAGCAACAGUGUUUUGAGUGCUAAUAUACCACGUUCAGGUAUAGCACGUUCCGCAACAGCUACACCCACUCAACAAGUAGUUGCCACAAGUGUUACACAUCCCGCAGCAUUAUCCACAACUGUAACAGCUGUCGCUGCUGGACAAGUGAAUGGUAAUACCAAUACAAGUGGUCGUAAUUCAGCACACUUAAGUCUUUUAAGUACCAGUCAACAUAGUCCGGAUAGUGUUGCCACUGUAACUGGUAACGUUGAUACGGUAGUUGUAAAGCAAACACAAAUUGACGGACAGUGUGUUGAGGCUCAGCCAGGUGAUUUGAAUACACCUGUUACCACUUCAAACGAUAUACCAUCAUUUUUUGGUCCAACAACAGUAGUUGAACCACCACCAAUUACAG